GCUCGAGUUACCAGGUAUCCUGUAUUAAGAUAUACAAUACCUACUUAAAGGCAAGACACCCAUUAGCAGACGUCACUCUAUGUAUAGGGAGUACAAGGAGACAGUUAAUAAAAUGGCUAGUGGAAAAAUGGAAGGUCGGACAAAACCUGAGGUCGGAGUCAAGCCCCCAGUGCCACAAGCAUUGUUGGAUUUAAAACAAAGUGCAAAGUUGGAUAAACAAGGAUAUGUGUUCGUUGUGAUGGGGGCCUCUGGUGACCUUGCAAAGAAAAAAAUCUACCCUGUCCUUUGGAACCUGUACAAAGAUGAGUUAAUGCCAAGAGAGACAUGCAUUAUCGGCUAUGCUAGAAGUAAACUGUCAAUGGGCGAGCUUGAGAAAAGAUGGGCUCCAUUCAUGAAAAUUUCAGAUGAAGAUAAAACAAAGUACCAGGCAUUUAUAAAGCUGAAUAGUUAUGUGGCUGGGAGUUAUGACAAAGCUUCCGACUUCAAGAAGCUUGAUGAUGCCAUCAACGCUACAGGGAACUGCAACAGGCUGUUCUACCUAGCACUCCCACCCUCUGUGUAUGAGAGUGUGACCUUGAACCUCAAAGCCACAUGCAUGUCGUCAGGAGACAAAUGGACGAGAGUGAUCAUUGAGAAGCCAUUUGGGCAUGACCUUGAGAGUUCGGAGCAUCUGUCUCGACACCUCGCCUCACUAUUUAAGGAGGAGGAGCUUUACCGCAUAGACCACUACCUGGGCAAGGAAAUGGUCCAAAACCUAAUGGUUCUCAGAUUUGGCAAUCGUAUAUUCAGCCCGAUUUGGAAUCGGGACAGUGUGGCAUCUAUCGUUAUCAGUUUCAAGGAACCAAUUGGCACUCAGGGCCGAGGGGGAUACUUUGACGAGUUUGGAAUUAUCAGGGAUGUAAUGCAGAACCAUCUGCUUCAGUUGCUUACCUUGGUUGCAAUGGAGAAACCACCCACACUCGGGGCAGAGGAUAUCAGAAAUGAAAAGGUGAAGGUGUUGAAAAGCAUGCCCCCUAUCAAGCUGGAGGACGUGGUGUUAGGGCAGUAUGUCGGCAACCCUGACGGCUCCCCAGACCAGCGCGAGGGUUACCUCGAUGACCCAACAGUGCCAAAAGGUUCUGUCACACCUACUUUUGUCUCUGCGGCCAUGUUUGUCAAAAACGAGAGAUGGGAUGGCGUGCCCUUCAUUCUGAGAUGUGGCAAAGCAUUGAAUGAGCGUAAGGCUGAGGUGCGUGUCCAGUUCAAGGACGUUCCUGGGGACAUAUUCUCUGACGGCAAGGUGAAGCGUAAUGAGCUUGUGAUCCGGGUGCAGCCUAAUGAGGCCGUGUAUAUGAAGAUGAUGACCAAGUCUCCUGGCAUGCACUUUGACUGUGAGGAGACGGAGCUGGAUCUCACUUACCACAGUAGAUACAAGGAUGUGAGGAUGCCAGAGGCUUAUGAGAGAUUGAUACUGGAUGUGUUCACUGGAUCUCAGAUAAACUUUGUGCGAUCGGACGAACUUUACGAGGCUUGGAGGGUAUUUACUCCGGUCCUUCAUCAGAUUGAGAAGGACAAGGUCAAACCUAUACCAUACAAGUUUGGCAGUCGAGGCCCGGACGAGAGUAAUCAGCUAUUUGCCCGCUACAACUUUGUCUACACGGGCACAUACAAGUGGUCACCCAGCAAGAUUUGAGGAAUGAAGAUAUAUGUGGACAGAUGUCACAAACUACAGCACCUGAAAUUAUUGAAAUUCAUAAGAAUCUCAUAAAUUCUUCUAUCAUAUCUAUGAUUUUUUACAUCGUUGUCGUCAGUAUAAGCCAAUAAUGAUAGAAGUCCCAACAGAGACAAGAAAUGCAACAUGCAAGUAUAUCUGUUUGAAAUCAUGUAGAACUGACAGCAAUUUGGCAAACAUUCUUAUGCCUUCUAACAUGAUUGAUCUAAGCUCAAUGUUUUUGUUGAUACAAGAAUCUUUAUUUUAAGUAGGGUAUGUAUUAACAAGAAACAUUAGCUCAAUGAGCUAUUUUCCGACAUAACUCCUUUACUUGUAUAGUCUUCAAAAUAUUCUCCUUUAGAAUAAUUCUUAGAAUUGUAAAGCAAAAUAUCUAUUUGUUAUCUACAAGUUGUAAUGCCAAGUUUGAGUUAGUUCUGCAAAUUGGAAUAAGAUUCUAAAGCUUGUUACCCUUACAGGUUUCUGAGAAACUGGGAAGAGUUGAUAAAUAGAAUACACAAUGUUUAAGAAACAUAUCAGAGUUAAGCAUGGUUAUCAGGUAUUUUCAUAAACAUUUUACAAGAAAGUAGAACUUUUCUGUUAUUAUUUAAUGAACAUUAUUAGGAGUUUUUUUAUUAUUCAUUCUUUUGUACAAUUAAAACAUUCAGUUAAGUUGUCCAUUAACAUUUUUUGAGAUGAUUUAUCAACAGUUGGAGAGGUAGAAUAUGUUUGAAACAAAAUUUCUGUUAUAUUUUGUUACUAGGUAUGAAUUUGUUUACAUCAUUUUCUGAAAACAAUAUAUUAAAUAGAACAUUUGACAAUCGGCUUCAAUCAAAAACUGAGUGUCAAUCAUCUUGAUAUUAUCUGGACCUGGGAGGCCAUGUUUUAUAAGGUGCACAAUAGAGGUUGAUGCCAAAUUUCAAUUCAUUAUUACGUUGAACUCCUUGGAAUUUUAUGAUUAAAAAAAUGCAUUUGAUUUAGGUAUAGAUAAAAAAUAUUAGCCUGUAUUAUGUUUAAAUUAUCAGUAGAUAUGUGACCACAAAUUUCACAGUUAAAAAAGUGCCACAAUAUUGCAUAUAUUUUUGUAUCUGUAUUUUCCAUUUUACUUAUUUCUGUAGCUAACCUAAACUUGUUGUAUAUUUUUUAUGUUGUUGUGAGAUUGGCUUGGGUUCAUGGUAUUGAUUCCAGUACAAUGUUUAGCUUGAAUGUCUCGAGUCUCAGCUUGAGAUUCAAAUUCAGAAAGCGAAUUAUUUCAUGUAAUAAACUCUCUUUGAUGUACUGAUGUGUACAUGUAUAUACCUGUAAGACUCAGUUGUUGGAAAGGCCAUCUAUAUCAAAUUGCUAAUGUUAUAGCAGUUUUAUAACAAAACCCAAUUUAGAAUUUUGAGGUCUUGAGUCUCAAUUAUCGCAUUGAUUAAACUAUCAAAAUUUUUGUAUGUUUCACAUUAAUUAGACUUACUUAACUGUAUUUUACAAUGCAUGUAUUGACUAAUCAUAGUAACCAAGAAGUGGGUCAGAUGGAUGUUUUCAUAUUUUGUCUGAUUUGACUCUGGUUAAAAGUCUGGUCGCAAUCAUGUAUAUAGUAACAUAUAAUCGAUGAAGAUUGCUUUAUAUUAAACGGAAUGUGUAUUUUUAUUGUAUUUCUAUAUUUUUUUAUGUAUUUGUUUUAUUUUUUAAUGAAUAAAUGUGUUGAAAUAUGA